AUGAAUUUCAAUUUGAAGAAGAUAUGGGACGCAUGGGAUAUUCGUGCUGUGAUUCUCUUCAGCCUUACUCUCCAAAUAAUCCUCAUUUUUUUCGCGCCGCUUAGAAAGCGCGUUUCAACUGUCUACCUGACACUGCCCCUCUGGUCCGGCUACUUGCUCGUAGAAUGGGCUGCUAAUUUUGCAGUUGGACACAUCUCUGACAGCAAAGGGGAUGAUAACCGCUUUGCUGCCGAGAACAAAGUUCAAGAUGUUCUUGUAUUCUGGGCACCUUUUCUGUUAGUACACCUCGGGGGCCCUGACACUAUUAGUGCCUUUGCCCUCGAGGAUAACGCCCUGUGGCACAGGCAUUUCCUGGGACUUGUGACACAGGGUAGCUCUGUGGCCUAUGUUUUUUUCCGAACAGUUUCCAAAAACAAACUGUUGAUCCCAACAGUGCUGAUAUUUGUGGUUGGAGUUAUCAAAUAUGGUGAGCGUAUUCGGGCUCUGUAUCUUGCAAGUUUAGAUCGAUUUCGAGAGUCUAUUAUGAAAGAUCCUGAUCCCGGACCAAACUAUGCCAAGCUGAUGGAUGAAUACUCUUCGAAGAAAGCAGCUAACCUACCGACGAACAUAGAAAUGAUCCACGAGUUCUAUGGAGAUAAUUUGGAGGAGGAAAAGUCAGUUAAAAAGGGGCUAUCUGAUCUUGAGGUAGUGGAAGAAGCUCAUUACUUCUUUGAGAAAUUUAAAGGACUAAUUGUUGAUCUCAUAUUUGACUUCCGCCAACGGAAUGAAAGUCGAAAUUUCUUCCUCAGCUUAGAAGCGAUUGAUGCUUUUCGAGUUAUUGAGGUUGAACUCAAUUUCAUUUAUGAUGUUCUUUUCACCAAAAUGAUUGUGGCUAACUCUUACUGGGGUUAUGUACUUCGAUUCAUCUGUUUCCCUCUCGAAAUUGCUGCCGCAAUCCUCUUCUACCGUUGGGAUAAAAGGGGACUUCCAAGGUGGGAGAUCGGAGUCAGUUACACACUUCUCCUUGGUGCUCUUAUCUUGGAUUUCACUUCCUUUUUUAUGAUCCUUUUCUCGGACUGGACGACAGUUGCCCUGAAGAAAAAGGGGUAUGUGUUAUGGCGUUUGCGUAAACCAGCUUGUGGAUGGUUGAGCCGCAGGUGGGCUGAAUCCAUUGCACAAUUCAACUUGAUUAACUAUUGUGUACGUGGGCGCUCCAAGCGUAAGGAAAGCAUAUAUCAAUGGUUUGGGAUUGUUGAUGUAUUGAAUCGAGUCGUGUAUGUGAAGUGUGAGAAAUUCACUGACCAAAUGAGGGACUUCAUCUAUGAAGAAAUAAAGAAUAAAUCUUCACUCGCGGAGGAUUUAGAAACAGCAAAGGAAAUAUGGUUAGCCAAAGGAGAUUGGACACUUCGUGCCAAUAGCUCUAGUCAUCUGCUGCCCUAUAUUACUGAGUCUAAUUUCGAUGAAGUCCUUCUGGUAUGGCACAUUGCUACUGAACUCUGCUAUAGUAAAGUUAAUAUUGUUAUCGAUGAGAGUUCCCCUGUCAAUUACCGUGAGAUCUCAAAGAUUCUUUCAGAUUAUAUGCUCUAUCUCCUUGUGAUGCAGCCUUCAAUGAUGUCGGCUGUGGCAGGUAUCGGACAGAUUAGAUACAGAGACACUUGUGCUGAAGCCGAAAAGUUCUUCCUCAGCAGAAACAUAAUGAAGAGUACUAAUAAGGAUAAUCAAGGCUGCAAUAAUUUCUUUACUUGUAGCUGUCUAAAGAGAACAAUGAAUGAUGAGGAAGGCGAGCAAGUCCAUAAGCGUAGAGAGGAAAAACAUGUAAGAGCUUGUAAAGCGAUCCUUGAAGUGAACGCGGUGGUGAAGCCAGUGCAAGUGAAAGGGGAUAGAAGUAAAUCAGCCUUGUUUGAUGGACGUCGUCUAGCCAAAGAGCUUGAUCAUGGCAUCGAUAAAUGGGAGCUAAUAAGCAAAGUAUGGGUUGAAAUGCUGUCCCAUGCUGCAAUUAACUGCAACCCCAAUGAACAUUGCCAACAACUUAGCAAAGGAGGACAGCUUAUCACUUUGGUCUGGUUGUUGAUGACUCAUUUUGGUUUGGGAAACAAUUUCCAAAUUAGUGAAGGUCAUGCUAGGGCAAAACUCAUUGUGGGCAAGUAG